GGUAUCCCGACGGCCGCCGCGAGGACCAAUGGGCAUCCAGCUCUCACCCGACCGCCUUGUGUUUACGGUCGAAGCCAGGAGAAGGUCCACAUGGUCCAACUGCGCAUGGAAAUUCCUUAAUUCGGCCGUAUUUUGGAGUUUAAAAACAUGAAGUUGUAUGUGCUAUUUGAGCACGCAUCAGGGUAUUCCCUGUAUGUUGUGAGAGAGUUUGAGGAAAUAGGAACCUUUCUUCCCCAAGUGGAGGAGUCAAUCAGUGAUCCUGGCAAGUUCAUGCAGAUUGUGAAGCUGGUUGGCUUUAAAGCUUUUGCUUCAGCUGCAUCUGCUCUUGAGAAUAUAAACAGCAUCACAGAAGGAAUACUGACUGAUGCCCUUCGUGCCUUCCUGGAAACCAACUUGCCAAAAGCAAAGACGUUCCAACUUGGUGUUAUUGAUCCCAAGUUGGGAGCUGCCAUCAAUGAAGCUCUCAACUUUAGUGUGACACACAUUGGUGUUGUCCCUGAGGUUAUCCGUGGCAUUAGAACACACAUCACCCACUUUGUUAAGGGCCUCUCCAUAGCUUCUGUUAAGCAGACGGAGCUUGGUCUUGGUCACUCAUACUCGAGAGGAAAGGUCAAGUUCAAUGUGAACCGUGCCGAUAACAUGAUCAUCCAGAGUAUUGCCUUGGUGGAUCAGUUAGAUAAGGAUAUUAAUACAUUUGCCAUGAGAAUCAAGGAAUGGUAUUCUUAUCACUUCCCAGAGCUUGCAAAGAUUGUGACUGACAACUACCAGUAUGGUCAGUGUGCCAACUUCAUCAAAGAGCGAACUUCUCUGAAAGAAGAAUCCUUGGAAAAGCUGGAAGAAAUUGUCAUGGAUUCUGCAAAAGCACAGGCUAUUUUGGAUGGUGCUAGGAUGUCAAUGGGUAUGGACAUUUCACCAAUUGACUUGAUAAACAUUGAGCGCUUUGCAAAACGAGUUGUAGCCCUCUCCGAAUACCGCAAGCAGCUGGCAGAAUACCUCAGAUCGAAGAUGGACAGUGUAGCCCCCAACUUGGCCACCCUCAUCGGUGAAGUCGUUGGUGCUCGCCUCAUCUCCCAUGCUGGCUCGCUUACCAACCUUGCAAAAUAUCCCGCAUCCACAGUUCAGAUCCUAGGGGCUGAGAAGGCUUUGUUCCGUGCCAUUAAAACUAAAUCAAAUACCCCCAAGUAUGGUCUUAUCUAUCACUCUACUUUCAUUGGCCGAGCUGGGAUGGCCAACAAGGGCAGAAUCUCCCGCUAUCUGGCCAACAAGUGUUCUAUUGCUUCCCGCAUUGAUUGUUUCACAGAAAACCUGACAAAAGUGUUUGGUGAGAAACUAAGAAAUCAAGUUGAGGACCGACUGAAGUUCUAUGAAACAGGAAACAUUCCAAGAAAAAAUGUGGAAGUUAUGAGUGAAGCGUUAGAAGAACAUAACCAGCUAGUUAGCUCGUUGGCCCAGAAGGGAAAGAAGAGGAAACUGGAGGAAGUUAAUGGGGAUGUUGCUGAGAAUGUAGUAAAUGGAGAAACCCCAAAGAAAAAGAAGAAGAAGAAGAAGAAGCAGCAAGAGGAGGCAGCAGCAGAGGAGGCAGCCGCAGAGGAGGCACCAGUAGCAGAGGAAGUCACAGAACCUGUAGCAGAGGAAGUUACUGAAAAGAAGAAGAAGAAGAAGAACAAGGUAGUAGUAGAAGAAGCAGCAGCACCAGAAGAGCCUAUGCACAUUGCCGAGAAUGGCGUCUCUGAAAAGAAGAAGAAAAAGAAGAAGAAGAACCAAGCAGCUGUAGCAGAAGCAGAGCAGGAGGCUGCGGUAGAGGUGCAGCAGGAGGAGGUGCCAGCUGCCGAGGUAACGACAAAGAAGAAGAAGAAGAAGAAGGCAGCAAAGGAAGCGGUUGAUGAAUAGGCAAAUUAGCUAGUUUAUUUGAUAAUUACUGUUUUAUUAUUUUAUAUUUUUCUGCUCCUAGUACCUGUUAUAAUGAAAUCAGGUAUUAUUUUGUGCAAAAAUAUAUUGCUUAUUUCUUGUUCGAAUGAACUAGACAUAAAUGAAAAUCUCAUUUUAGGCUUUUUUUUAUUAUGUAUUCUUGACCUUUUUUCUGUUAGAAAUGUUGCAAAUUGUAUUUAUUUGCUGUGAGAAAAAAAAAACAAACUGAUACAAACUAUAGAAAUAUAAUAUCAUAUUACAGAUGAAUUAAAAGUUUGAAUUAAUUUUAAAAUACCUGGAAUUUAUGAAAAGUUUAAAGUUAGAUUAAACACCUUGUUAUUUUUGUAAUAGUAUUAUUUAAACAUGAAUGUUUUUCAAUAUUGCAGUUACUGUUGUUUCGGGGAAUUUAAAAAUUUCAGACAUUUUGGUAAAAUAUUGUAUGCUUGUAUGUUCAUGUAUGUGUGUGAAUGAGAGACAAAUGACCAUUGACACUUACAGUGUAAUACACUAUUCAAUAAACAUUUGUACUUGA